GCCAAGAACCCGAUGACAGACCCAAGCAUGAUGACUGAUAUGUUGAAAGGAAACGUGUUGAAUGUUCUUCCCAUGAUAGUAAUCGGGGGAUGGAUUCAAUGGACGUUCUCUGGGUUUGUAACAACUAAAGUCCCGUUCCCGUUAACAAUUCGUUUCAAACCGAUGUUGCAACGAGGAAUUGAGCUUGAAUCUCUGGAUGCUUCAUGGGUAUCUUCAGCCUCAUGGUACUUCCUCAAUGUAUUCGGGUUACGAAGCAUGUAUUCCCUAAUUCUUGGUGAGAAUAACGCAGCUGAUCAGACAAGGAUGAUGCAAGAACAAAUGUCAGGAGCUGCCAUGGCAAUGCAACAAGAUCCACAGAAAGCUUUUAAGGCUGAAUGGGAAGCACUGAAGAUAACGGAGCACAAGGAAGCAUUGAAAGGAAUAGAGGAUUAUGUACGAGUGUGUUUCGCACUUCCCGAAGAUAUUUUCACCCGUCAACAUAAUCUACAGUUACAAUCAUCUUCGUGAGCAUAGAUAUCUCAUAAAGUUACAAAUUUUGGAACGAAAAGUUGUGAUUUUGAGCAUUGAUAUCUUAUAAAGUUAGAAAUUUUGAAAAGUUACAAAUUUUGGAACGAAAAUGCAAUUUUAUUUUGAGCAGAGAUAUCUGGAAAGGAAAGAACCUUUUUUUGAAUGUGUUAGGACGUUUUAAAAACUUUAAGUAAACAUUUUGAACCUAUUAAAUCUGAUGUGAAAAGAAUAAAGCCAGAUAUCUUAAACAAAUUUGAAUUUGAAAAGAAAAA